AUGGCUUUCAAGUUUACCAGCUCUGUGCUUAUCCUGGCUGCUAUUGCAGCUGUGACUGUGGCGGAGCCGGCGCGUCUGCGCAGUCGCUCAUCGCGUUUCCAGCUGGCUCGCCAGGAGGCGGCGCCGCCAGCACCCGUCGAUCCAGCACUGGACCUUGCGCCAACGCCCGCUUCGGCGCCUUACCCAGCUGCUGGUGUUACGCCAGCCAUAGCUUUCGACCUGCCCACCGAGACGGAGACCGAGGCACAGCCAGAUCUGACUUAUGGCCCGCCGGACAACACAUACGGCCCACCUGCCGAGCCUGACAACACCUAUGGUCCACCCGCCGAGCCGGAUAAUACCUAUGGUCCACCCGCUGAUGCUGCAGCGGAUCAGGAUCUGGCACCAAUCGACGCCGAUCCAGCAUCUGAGCCUAUUCCCGCUAGCCUGAUUCUGGCACGCAGCGGCCGCCUGCGCAGCCGCCGUCCGGUGCCAGAGAAACUGCGCGCCGCUCAGAUCAUACGCUCCAAGCCAAUCCUAGUCUAUACCAUCUAA